UGGACGACAUUGUCGCUCUGGCCUGCCUCUGGGACCGCAACUGCCACAUCGCAUCGUAUCGCAUCGCAGCCACCGCACCCACCAUCGCUGCGUCUCGGCUGCAUUUCGCAUCUAACCGCUUCGGCCGUCGCUCGGUUCUCCGUCCGAGUCUCGUCGCAUCAAGAUCUCCGGCUGCCCCUCCGCGACGUCCCUGCAUCACGCCCAACAACCCCCGAGAUACCAGCAUGGACAUCCCUGCCGAUGCCCUCUUCGUAUUUGGCCAAGACACAGCGUCUCGGUCGUUCACAUUCGCUGCAUCGGCUCCCCAGCAUCCGCCACGCCGCAAGCUUGUCUUUCAAGACACCCUGCCCCAGCAAAGUCUUGCAAGCGGCCCAGGGGACCUGGGGCUGUUGGCCGAGCACACCGACUUGGCUUUUGGGCCUUCAAACUCUCCGUUCUCGUCGCUUCUUGAAGGUCCCAUUGUCCCAUCUGGGUCGCUGUUUGCCUUUCGCCAGGGACCGGCCGUGCCACCGCCCGAACCCCAAGCGACCCGCUCACCGUUGCCAACCCGCCCAGGGUCAUUAUGGGACUCGCCCAGCAGCGACUCUGUCGCCCAGCGAGCAUCGGCUUUUCUCGAAAGCAGCGGAGCCUGUGGCUCGCCUAUUCGAUACGAUACCCAUGACCCGGUGCGGAUCAUCCAGAGCCAUCAGGCUUUUUCGGGCCUCUUUGAGAGCUUCAACUCGGACCUGACCCAGCUGUUCAGUGAGUCGGUCGAUGUGCCAAUCCUCUUUGUCGGUGGCUUCCUGGACUGGCUCCGGCUUGUCUCCAACAUCGAACUCCCGCUGGCUCUCCUGAACCACCCGGACCCUGUCCGCCGCGACUCGGUUGUGCUGACGAUCCUGCUCGCCGAAUGGCUGGUCCUCGUAUUUGUCCCGGCUCGACCAAGCGAGUGCGCCUCCAUCCUCCAACGUGCAUCGGUUGCUUGCCAGAGAGAGCUGGCUCGGAUCAAUGCCUCUGACUCCUUCGGGGCCCUUGCCCAGAACAUCCGGUCGUGGCUGACAACCAAAUUGCGGGUGGCACCCGGCCAGAGCAUGAUUGCGGCGCUCGCAACAUGAACUUGGCUCUCUACAUUUGCGAUUAGGACCGGCUUGCUCUGGAUCAUGAAUACCGGCGCUCGCAUGCCACCCCCUCCCAUUUUGGAAGCGGGCAA